GGAGGAGUAGGAGAUCAGUGGUGAUCGAGAACUCGAGAAGCGCAGACGCGUUAUGGUGUUGUGUUGCCUUCAUACAAAAAUAUUUUCAUAUUUCGUUUAUCCUUCGCAUGAGUAACGUUCUCGCAGCCUCUGCUCUUCAUUUUUUAACUAUCGACUCCUCAAGGAUUGUAAUUAGUAUCAAUUGCUUAUUGAUAGUCAAUCAUUUAACCGCUGAAAGGUUAUUUAUAAUUUAUCCUACUGGUGAUCUGUGAGUGAAGUGAUAGACUUAGAUAUAUUUAUAUAUUUGUUGGAUUUUCGAGUGAUUUAAAGAAUUAGGGAUGUUAGCUAAGGGCGAGAGGGGAAAAGCCACGGACUUUAGUAUCGCGGCCAUAAUGGCGCCCAGGGGUCCGUCCUUUGGACAUUACCACCUGCAGGGACUUCAGGCUCUUGGUGAUACUAGUAACACCAAUGUUGAGUGUACCAACAAGUUUGACGCUUCACCUACUCUUGAUCACCGAGUGUUAAGAUCCUCGCCGGUUAAUAUCGUCGCGACGGCGACACUGGUAACUGGAGAUGCGCUUUUAGACGACGAGGACGAGGACGAGGUCGACGAAGGUGUCGGGGAGGCGGAGAGUGUCGGGACUGAAAAAUCAAUUAAUUGUGAAGACGAUGAGGAAAUAGAUGUUGAUGUCGAGGAAUGCAGCAGUAUUGAUGACAGCCCUCUGGGCGGUGAUGAUUUGAAUGAACGGAAAUAUAUGAAGAAUAUUAAUAAUAAUAAUAAUAAUAAUAGUAAUAAGAAUAAUAAUGUUGAUAGUAAUGAUAACAAUAACAGUAGCAGCAAUAAUAGAAAUCGAAAGAACAAUAAGAAUCCCCACCACCGGCGGACUAGUUGCAAUUCAGAAGAAUUAAAAAAUGUCGAGUGUCAUCUUGAGACCAAAGAACUCUGGGAUAAGUUCAACGAACUUGGCACUGAGAUGAUCAUUACGAAAACCGGCAGACGCAUGUUUCCGACAUGCAGAGUCUCGUUCAGCGACUUGAAGCCAGAAGCGCGUUACGCCGUACUUAUGGACAUUGUCCCAGUUGAUGACAAACGCUACCGGUACGCUUAUCACAGGAGUUCCUGGUUAGUCGCUGGAAAAGCUGAUCCUCCUGCACCCGCGAGACUAUAUGUUCAUCCUGACUCGCCGUUCACUGGGGAACAGCUGAGGAAACAGGUUGUGUCCUUUGAGAAAGUCAAACUCACCAACAACGACAUGGACAAACACGGCCAGAUUGUACUUAACUCGAUGCAUCGGUAUCAGCCCAGGAUACACUUAGUUAAAUGUCGUGCUAAAGAUGAAGAUAAAAAUCACAAAAUAACAGAUCUUCAAAAAGAGGAACAUAAGACUUUUAUAUUUCCUGAGUCUAUUUUUACCGCUGUUACUGCUUAUCAAAAUCAGUUGAUAACAAAAUUGAAAAUCGACAGCAAUCCAUUCGCCAAAGGUUUCCGCGACUCCUCGCGCCUCACAGACUUCGACCGAGAUCCGAUGGAACUAAUGGAGCAGCAAUUAGUCCGUUGCGGAGUGCCUCCAGUGCGUCUGUACGAGCACCUCGCACUAACCUCCCCUGGAGCGAGUGCUCUGAGUAUCCAGCAGCAGCAGCAGCAACAACAACAGCAGCCGCCCUCACAGCAACACCACCAGCACGAGGGUCAUCAGCAUGCUCUGGCCUCCUGGCUGGCUCCCUCCGCGGCUCUGCUGUACGGCUCGCGCACCACCACAUCUUCACCUUACCCAAACACACCCUCGUUCCCUUACCCACCUCUCUCCUGGUCCUGGCAGCCCUCGCCCGUGGCAAUCAUCCCCCGGCGAUCAUCUCCCUCGUCCAUCGGGGUCAGGUACGCGCCCUAUCCGACCCCCACAUCCACGCCACCGCCACAUCGCGCACGCCCAAACACCCCCAAUUAGCAAUCCUCUUCCCCUUCAUUCACCCCCACACUCGCUCCUACCUCCUACAGCUCUAUGUUUUUUAUCGUAAUACCCACCUACGCCUUUUUUGUUAUUUCUCUUUUCCAUCUUAUCCUCAGACGCCAUUUUAUUACACUUGAACUUUGACUUGUUGUUGAUGAAAUCCGUCGAUAGAUUAGUAAUUUAUUUUUUAUUGAAUCUAAUCGAUAUUGUCCAUUGAUUAUUCAUUAAAUUAUUGUUAUUGUAUAAAUUAUAAUUUGCGAUUAU